AGCUGCGCCAUCCCUCCUUUGUCUGCUGAGGAAGAGUGCAACGACUUGCAGUGGAGAAGACGCCGGUGGGCCCUUUGCUAACUACACCGUCUUCCUUGUUGUUGCAUUUUCGUUUUAAGGGGGAGAAGCUUAACGAACUGAGCGGGGCUUCGUUCGCGCGUUAUGAGCCAAGCGAAUGCUAAUAAGAGCAACACAGAGCCUGCCGUAGAGUCAAGCCCAGCAGAGAAUAAGAUCAAAAUGGAAGACACUAAGUACCUCCCGGAGCUCCUGGCUGAAAAGGACAGCCUGGAUUCAUCGUUCACGCAUGCAAUGAAACUCAUAUCUGCAGAGAUUGAGAGGAUCCAGAAAGGUGAAACUAAGAAAGAGCCUGAGAAGGAAACCUACCUGGACCUGUUUGCAACCAAGAAUCUGAAGCUCAAGGAGCGUGUCCUCAUUCCCACCAAGCAGUACCCUAGGGUCAACUUUGUGGGAAAGCUUUUGGGACCUCAGGGUAGCACGAUCAAGAGGCUACAAGAGGACACCGGAGCAAAGAUUUCAGUUCUGGGUAAAGGUUCCAUGAGGGACAAGAACAAGGAGGAAGAAUUUAGAAAGGGGGGUGAAGCUAAAUAUGCUCACCUCGCCAUGGAGCUGCAUGUGUUCAUCGAGGUGACGGCACCCAUACCAGAAGCGUACCUCCGCAUGGCUCACGCCAUGGAGGAGGUGAAGAAGUUCCUUAUCCCGGAACCUGGUGAGCACGAUCCAUACAUGGAUCCUCUGUUCCUGAAUGGAUCCCAGGAUGGUUCGAGGGGGCGAGGUGGUCCUCUAGGAAGGGGCAGAGGUGGACCACCUGGUGCUGGAGGACCAAGGGGCCGAGGAAUGCCACGUGGGGCUCCUCGAGGAGCGAUGCGCGGUGGGGCUCCACGCGGAGCACCGGGGCGAGGUGGCGCACCAAGAGGCGCUCCGUCUGGUCGGGGUGGACCUCCUUCUGCUCCUACUAGAGGAGGCUCUGCUCCUCGCUCCAGACCGCCUGCAGCAGGAGCUCCCAGGAUGCUCCCCUCGGCAGCCUUGUCUCACCAGCAACACCAGGUUCCACCUUCAGCAACAGGGUCAAAGCCUGAUGCUUAUGAUGAUUAUCCUGCAUAUGAUGACUCUUAUGCAGAGCCGGCAUAUGAGGGAUAUGAUAGUUAUUAUAGCCAGCCUUCUGCACCUGCGGAUACAGAGUAUUACGAUUAUGGACACGGUGAAGCUCAGGAUCCAUCAUAUGAGUCUGGUUAUGCUCAAGAUGAUUGGGACAACUCGUGGUCCAGUGCCGGGGCUGGAGGCAAAGCCCCUCCACCUAGGCAGACAAAGGGAUCGUACAGAGAGCAUCCUUACCCAAGAUACUGAACAACUACUGGUAGAGAGUUGCAGUGGCAACUGUCUGUGAUUGUAACUCACGCUUAACUUUACAAAAGUAAUUUCCCUCUCGUUUCCUUUUUUUAUGGUUUUAUUUAAAACAUUUUUCUUCUUUUUUCUUUUUUGUUAACUUAGGACAUUUUGUUGGAUGUAUCCUAGUGCCAGAGGAGCAACAUGAAAGAUUUUUUUUUUCUCCCCAUUGUUUAUCUGUUUCAGUUGCAUAGUUGAGGUCUUAGUGACAUAAACAUAACUAACAAAAUGACUUAGUUUUGUUUUUGGUUUUUGUUAGAUAUUUGAUGGUUAAUAUUUUUGUUAAUGGUUCCUGCACAAACUGUGAUUGUGGCGAUUAAAAUUUUCUCACAUAGGCUGCAUUUUUUUUUUUUUUUUUUUUUUUUUUUUUUUUUGUAAAAAGAAAAAAAGUCCUUCAUGACUGGACAAAAAUUAUUCAUAAUGACUCUAUUUGUAAAUUUACAAUAACUUAAACAGAUUUAGUUGCAAACUCAAAUACAACCAUUUUGAUUAAAACGGUCUUAUUUGUUUAUAUUGCAUUACAAAUCUAGUCGUGUGACUUUACUCCCCAAAAAGCAAACAAACAAAAAAUAACUGUAGAAAUCCAUUUGAUGAAGAAUAAAGGCCUCUAUUUUCUGCCACCCUUUUACAAUUGGUAUUUUAUGAAAAGUCGCUCUAUUACUUGCAAAAUCAUCGCUGAUCGACUAAUUCUUGUAAAGCUUGAAGGAUUAAUAACUUGCUGUGUACGUAAGACUGCAGCCAACUCAGUCUUUUUGUAUAUAACCUUAGGAAAACUGUGUAUGCUUAAGUCGUGCCGUCUCCAAAAUGCUUAAUGCUUGUGUACCUUUUGACUAAAUAGGUAACUAAACACAUCCCAAAAAAAUCAAUGUCUUUCUGCAGUGCGUGUUUCAAUAAAGUUUCUAGUUUCUUUUUAAUCAACCUAAA